GUCUCCCAUUGCCAGGUUUCCUCUGCUUUGGCCCAACCCCGCCCUCUGCAUUGUGGAGUCCCGCCUUCAAGGCGGUGCGGGCGUUGGCCCCGCCCCUCGCUGUCCUACUUCCGCUCCGGGAGGCGCCGCUUCCGGUGCCUCUGAAGCCCGCUGCCCGACAACAUGGCUGCGCGGCGGCCCCUGCGGGUCUUGUGUCUGGCGGGUUUCCGGCAGAGUGAACGUGGGUUCCGCGAGAAGACUGGCGCUUUGAGGAAGGCGUUGCGGGGGCGCGCGGAGCUCGUGUGUCUCAGUGGUCCCCACCCAGUCCCUGAUGCGGCGGGCCCAGAGGGCACCGCGCCAAACUCCGGGACCUGCCCUCCGGAGGAGCAGCCCCGAGGCUGGUGGUUUUCGGAGGAGGCAGACAUUUUCAACGCUCUGGAAGAGCCUACGGUGUGCAGGGGCCUGGAGCAAGCCCUGGGAACGGUGGCACAGGCACUGGACAAGUUGGGGCCUUUUGAUGGACUCCUUGGCUUCAGCCAGGGGGCUGCACUAGCAGCCCUUGUGUGUGCCCUGGGCCAGGCUGGUGAUCUUCGAUUUCCCUUGCCUCGAUUUAUCAUCCUUAUCUCUGGUUUCUGUCCCCGAGGGCUUGGCCUCAAAGAACCUAUUAUGCACAACCCAUUGUCACUGCCUUCGCUGCAUGUUUUUGGGGAUACUGACCGAGUCAUCCCCUCUCAGGAGAGUAUGCAGCUGGCCAGCCGAUUCCCAGGAGCCAUUACGCUAGCCCACUCUGGUGGCCACUUCGUUCCAGCUGGUGCACCCCAGCGCCAGGCCUACCUCAAGUUCUUGGACCAGUUUGCUGAGUAAGAGACCAACAAAUGCCUCUGCCAUUGCAUCCAUCCACCUUGGGACAGCUUCUGUGAUGUAUGACUUCCCUGUCUCUGAGCACCUUGGAGCUCCCCUGAGACCUCUGCUGCUGCACUGACAUGCUUUGCCUCGAAACUAAGAAGACAACUAUCCAUUCUAAGGACUACAUGAUAUGGCCCAUACUCUACACUGGAGAAAAACAAAGUAGGAAGCCAUAUGGAUUUUGGUUUCUGAUACUCAAACAUGAAAAAGGAUAGGUGUGGUAACAUGCCUUUAAUACCAGCACUCUGGGAGGCUGAGACAGGAGGAUCACUGUGAGCCUUGAACUACUUAACGAUAGCGUCUCAGAACAACAACAAAAGAAAAAAAAAAAGAGAACCUUGGGUGAGGGUGGGUAUUCUGGCAAGAACUGGCAUCACUGAGUGCCAGUGAAGUUGUAAUUUGCAUUUUAAAUAUCUUUGUAUUCUCUGGUACACCCUGAAAAAAAAAAAACAUUUUGAAAUGUAA